CGGCGACAGCGACGUCACAGACAGGAACCCAGCGCAGAGAGGUGGGAGCUUGCAGAAAGGCAGCCGCCUGGUAGGACCUAUAUGAGGUGCCGGAGUGGCUGCGCCUCCCUUCUCCACCUCAGCGAGCACCCAGACUGAUGGCGGUGGUGAUGGCGGCUGUUACUCGGCCGGCCCCAGUGAAACUGAGCUUGGAGAGCGCAAUACCAUAAACCUUGAAUAACAACAUGGGACCUAUAUGAAGUGCCACUAGUGAUCCUGGAAAUGCUCCCAACAAGUAGAGAAAAGUCAUGACAUUACAAGAAAAAGUUGAAUUGCUUGAUAUGUAUUUUAGACUGAGAUCUACAGCUGUGGUUGCCCACCAUUUCAAGAUAGAUGAAUCCAGUGUACGGACCAUUGUAAAAAGGAAGUAAAGGAAAUUUGUGAAGCUAUCGCCAGUGCUUACGCCAGCAGGUUACCUAGACCACUUUGGAUUAAGAAAACUGUAGAAAGUUAAUAACUGCCCCCAGCGAACGUCAGGCGGUGGCGCGUGUCCAUUUUCCACAGAGUCCUGCUAUGCCGGGUGUCUGAGUGCACUGCUCGGGGUCUCUGCUCACGCUCCCUGGAAUCAAUGGCAGCCGAUUUUAGUCCGCAGGUACAUCCAGAAAGUGCCCAGAAGAAACUUCCUGCCAGAAAAACUGAAAAAGCUGUAUUUGUAACACUGGAAUCUUUGGAUAAUUUAUUAAAAUGGCAGAAAACAGUGAAAGUAAUAGUAAAAAUUUAGAUGUCAGGCCCAAAACUAGUCGGAGUAGAAGUGCUGACAGAAAGGACGGUUAUGUGUGGAGUGGAAAGAAGUUAUCUUGGUCAAAAAAGAGUGAAAGUUGUUCAGAUGCUGAAACAAUAAAUGCUAUAGAGAAAACUGAAGUUCCUUUACGGAGCCAAGAAAGAAAGCACAGCUGUUCAUCCAUCGAGUUGGAUUUGGAUCAUUCCUGUGGGCAUAGAUUUUUAGGCCGAUCUCUUAAACAGAAACUGCAAGAUGCUGUGGGGCAGUGUUUCCCAAUAAAGAAUUGUAGUCGGCACUCUUCAGGGCUUCCAUCUAAAAGAAAAAUUCAUAUCAGUGAACUCAUGUUAGAUAAGUGUCCUUUCCCACCUCGAUCAGAUUUAGCCUUUAGGUGGCAUUUUAUUAAACGACACACUGCUCCUAUAAAUCCGAAACCAGAUGAAUUGAUAAGCACAGAUUUGUCUCAGAGUGAAUUGAGGGAUGGUCAGCUAAAACAAAGAAGAAACAUGGAAGAAGAGGUGAACUGUUUCUCACAUCCCAAUGUUCAGCCCUGUGUCAUUACCACCAACAAUGAUUCAUGUAGAGGUGGUCCUAUGACUGGCUCUGUGAUGAACCUGGUUUCAAAUAACAGCAUAGAAGACAGUGAUAUGGAUUCAGAUGAUGAAAUUAUAACACUUUGCACAAGUUCCCGGAAAAGAAACAAACCCAAAUGGGAAAUGGAUGAAGAAUUCCUUCAGUUGGAAACAACUCCUAAGUACCACACCCAGAUUGAUUAUGUCCACUGUCUUGUUCCAGACCUCCUCCAGAUCAAUAACAAUCCUUGUUACUGGGGAGUUAUGGAUAAAUACGCAGCUGAAGCUCUACUAGAAGGAAAACCAGAGGGUACCUUUUUACUCCGAGACUCAGCACAGGAAGACUAUUUAUUCUCAGUUAGUUUUAGACGCUAUAGUCGUUCUCUUCAUGCUAGAAUUGAACAGUGGAAUCACAACUUUAGCUUUGAUGCACAUGAUCCUUGUGUCUUCCAUUCUCCUGAUAUUACUGGGCUCCUAGAACAUUAUAAGGACCCAAGUGCCUGUAUGUUCUUUGAACCACUUUUAUCCACUCCUUUAAUUCGGACUUUCCCCUUUUCCCUGCAGCAUAUAUGCAGAACAGUUAUUUGUAACUGUACAACUUAUGAUGGCAUUGAUGCCCUUCCAAUUCCUUCUUCUAUGAAGUUAUAUCUGAAGGAAUAUCACUAUAAAUCGAAAGUUAGAGUACUCAGGAUUGAUGCACCAGAACAACAGUGCUAGGCAAAGGGUAGGAAUAUGGGAAUUUAAUAUUUUAUUCUUAAUGCUACUUUGAAUUAUUCGACAAGGGCAGUUAGAGUCCAAAAUAAACCUCUACCCUAAAUUUUGCUUCCA